ACACAGUGCAAUUCCUGUUCCUACAUCGUAAUACUUAUCUAGUCGGUCAAUAUAAGCCUCGGAAUACGUGUCUCCUAAUUGAUUUUCAAAAAUUUUUAAUAUCCAAAGUCUACCUCAUUCAUACUGUCAACUCCAAUUCGUAACCUAACAAUUUAUUAUUUUGAUCGCGAAGUUUAGUGCACAUUCGUGCAUGCCUCUUUAUUGCAUACACACAAUGUAUAUGCUGUAACACGCACAAUUUUUCGAGGCGCCUAAAAAGGUGGCCGGGCGUAAUUUAGCCACACCGGAUCGAUUUUAUUCAAAUAAUCUGGAUUUAAAAUCAAGCUUAGAGCGUCGGAUUUUUGAAUCAAAGAAACCAGCCUGUGGACAGUCAAGAUGUAUUGAAUGUUGAAAAUGAGGAUAGCAAAGUCUACUGUGAUCUUUUUGGUCUUCGUACUGAUGCUGUCAGUGUUUAUGGCCAAUGUAACCAAUCUCAUUAACGUUGACUCGCAUGCCACUAACAGUACACCACUCUACGAAGGAUUGGAUGACGCUGAACCCCAAUGGCUCCCUCCAAAGAAAUAUGACAUUUCUGACUCGCCUGACAACCUUGUGUGGUUUUUACAGAUAUCGGAUAUUCAUGUUAGCAUCUUUCAAGAUCCAUCUAGAAUUACAGAAUUGAAAGAAUUUUGUGACAUCACGGUUAGCGCGAUCAGGCCUGCGGUUGUUCUUGCCUCUGGUGACUUGACUGAUGCAAAGGCAAAGGAUAAAAUGGGGUCAGGGCAGAUUCAAGGAGAAUGGGAGCAUUAUAGGAAAGUUCUAGAAGAAUCGGAUGUUUUAAAAAAAACUGAGUGGCUCGACGUCAGAGGAAAUCAUGACAACUUCAAUGUGCUCAGCUUGGCUUCCAAAGAGAAUUAUUACCUAAACUAUUCAGUUCAGGGCCGUGAGCACCCACGAUCAUAUAUGCACCAAACUGCAGUCGGAUCAGAGAAAUAUACUUUCAUUGCGAUUGACGCUUGCUUAGAACCUGGGCCACGUAGACCAUUCAAUUUUGUCGGAAUUUUCACUAAUACCGAAGCGGAUAGUAUUGGAAAAUAUGUGCAGCAGGCAAGGGCACAAGGUGGAGAUUACAUUAUAUGGUUUGGACACUAUCCAACGUCGUGCAUAUUAGCACAAUGCAGCGGAGGGAUUCGAAGUAUUUUGGGGAGAUAUAGAGAAGGACUUGUCUACCUUUGUGGACACUUUCAUACACUGGCUGGCACUGUGCCUAACAUGUACACAUUACAGCAGGCAGGAUUUCUGGAAUUGGAACUUGCGGACUGGAAGGAUAACAGAGCGUAUCGACUAGCAGCAAUAGAUCAUGGUCAAUUUUCAUUUAUUGACAUAAAACAUCGUGACUGGCCUGUGGCAUUGAUCACCAAUCCGAAACAUGCACUAUACGUGAUGCCGCAAAAAGAGAAUUUACAGUCUAUUUUUGAAUCUACGCACAUCAGAGUAUUGGCAUUCUCCAUCACAGAUCUGAAAUCUGUUGAAGUUCAGAUUGACAAUGGGAGAUGGUUGGAAUGCCGACAAGUUAAAGGGCCACUUUACAGUGUCAAAUGGAAUCCAAAAGAAUACAAAAGUGGGCUCCAUCACAUACAGGUUCGAGUUGUGGAUAAUGAUGGACGAGAGAAACUCACAAGUCAGCCAUUUUCUUUGGAUGGAACCAGAUUGUCAUUCCGAAUCUUACCCAGAAUGCUUCUCAUGUCUAAUAUAAGUCACUUUUUUCAAGUUUUGUUUGGCACAAUGCUGAUUCUGCUGGUGGUUCCAUUAAGUGUUCUUCGAUUUCUCCACAAGCUCUGUGAAAGUGGAAAGCUGCAGCGUCCUAGAAUACGCAUAAAAGUAUUUCAGCGGUGGAUUCGCAAAUUAUGGAUUCUGUCCACCAUUGACCGUCUUUUCUACCCAUUAGUACUAUAUGCAUUGUAUCUAACAGUGGGUCCAUGGAGUAUCGGAGAAAUCAUCGAGAAUCAUACUGGGAUGAUAUUCGCAUGGGGCACAUGGGUUGGAUCGUCUUACCUUCCUGGAUCUUUCACUUAUGCUUAUGGUUUCUUUCAAUUAAUAUCUUUUCAAUUACCUCUCACACUAAUCCUAGCUCACCGUGCUGACCAAAGGGUAUAUCUAAUGGAGAAACCGUCAAGAAAACCUCCUACAAUAUUAAAUCUGUUACAGAGGCAUACAUUGCUUGUGUUAUUAGUUACUAUGCAGGCAAGUAUGGUGUAUUUUUUCUGGCUUGCUUAUGGAACCAUGGCUAUCAUCCUUGGUCCCAUGCGUACUUGGAGUGUACUUUUAGCCAUUGUUUUAUGGUACCAAAUUAACGUGAUGCCUGAAAAAUGCUUCAGGAGCGCCGCAAUGGUAUGGUCAUCCAAAAGACCCGUAAUAAACAACACGGAAAAUGGGGCUAAUUCGGAGGAGUCUAGCAGUCAUAAACAAUGAUUAAAAACUGUUUUGAAUGGGUAUUUGUUAGUUAGCCUAAAUUAGGAUUUGAAUAGUCGCUCAUAAGUUGGUUUUCAAAGGAUAUAUCAAUUUCCAGAAUUCUUUCUUGAUUAGAAUCUACAUGCAUGGAUACAAGAAUUGAUCAGCUACCAAAGAUAACUAUCUUACACGAUCUCACUGAUACAAUCUUUAUAUUUGUAAGAAACUGAGCUGGGUUAUAUGUUUCAUAAAUGUUUUCCGCGAGUCAAGUUUAAACAUCUCCAUCGACAGCUGAUAUGAAUUUUACAAUUCCAAAUUAUAUUAAUAAACGUUGUCGAUGAUACACAAUUGAUUUGAAAACGCACAAUCUGUUAUUAUAAUUAGUAAAUAUUUAGACAUACGUAUGUAUAUAUAAAAUGUACUUUCAGCAUAUGAUGAAACCAUUCAACCUAGAAUGAGUAAUUGACGUUACUUUUUUUGGCCUGAAGUUUCUUAUUGUUGAAGAAAAAUCAGAGAGGCAAGUAAAAGCCGAAAAUCCCAUUGAAUUAAAAUUAUCAGUAUUUUUCUAAAUUGCAAGAAUUUAGGACAGCCCAUUUCAAGUGAAUUUGAAAUUUCUGAAGUCCGUUACAGGAGUUAGGAUACUGCGUGUCAAAGUAGCUUUUAGUGUGUGAUUUUCUGUCAGGUGAAAUAACUCAUGAAGAAUAUACUUAUUAUCGUCGAUAUGAACUCUUACAAUCUUACAGUAUUUGAAGAUUAUCUAAAAUCAAAUGAUCAAACACGUUAUUCAUGAGGUACGUAUAUUAAUGUGAUGCAGCAAACACGAUAAAUGUAUUGUAUAGGAAAACUAUGCAACAACCAUUAUUGAUGUCGCAUUGAAAUCUUAGAUAAGAUCCGUUUCUUUGAAUAAUAGAUGAAUCUAUCUUUUUUAAAACUAUAUGAAAGUAUUCCCUGAAUGGACAAUUGAGUCAGGUUUUCCUUGACCGAGAUAGAGUAACUGGUACAGGAAAAAAUGUCUGAAAAAUAACAUAACUGAUGAACUCAUACGUAGCGUUAUUUAUUCGUUGGGUUAAAACACUGAUGAAUAUGUUCAAUUGUUGGGUAGUAAUUCUAGCACAAGUUCAAUGUUACAAAGACAAGCCAGCGAAUAAUAAAUAUUUUUGAAAAAGAAAA